AUGUCUACCCAACAGUUCCUCACUCUCUUCUUAUUCCUCGUCAUAUCCAGCAACACCAUCACUUCAACAUCAUCAUUAGAAAAUGAAGAAAACACCUUUGAUUUUGUUCGUCCAAUAGACAAAAAGUUGUUAGGCCUAAGCAAGAAAGAAAAGCUAAACCAUUUCAAGUUCUACUGGCAUAACAUAGCGACUGGAAAAAAUGCUACUUCUAUUGAAGUUGUUCCGUCACCAAAGAUGAUAAACUCGACCACUUAUUUUGGUUCAAUCAGCAUGAUGGACAGCCCUUUGACUAUAAGACCCGAACUGAGUUCCAAGCUUGUUGGAAAAGCUGAAGGAUUCUAUGCAUCUGCUUCACAAGUUGAGCUUGGUUUACUCAUGGCUAUGAAUUGUGCUCUAAUUGAAGGAAAGUAUAAUGGAAGUAGUAUAACUAUCUUGGGGAGGAAUCCUGUUUUUGAUAAGGUUAAAGAGAUGCCUGUUGUUGGUGGUACUGGAGUUUUCAAAUUUGCUAGAGGCUAUGCUCAAGUUACUACUCACUCCCUUGAUUUCAAAACUGGACUUGCUAUUGAUGAGUACAAUGUUUAUGUUUUUCACUAUUGA